UAUGUAAUCAGAUCAAUCUGCCUUGCCUAAGCACUAAAUUUAAUCACGCUCCUUUCUCUUCGGAAUCUGUCACCUUCUUCCUUUCAUUGCACUCUUUCAUUAACAAAAGAAAAGCAAAAACACCGUUUUUUCUCGACCCUCGAACUUUUAUCCUCUUCCUGAAUCCGAAACAAGAAGAAAAGUCAAAACACCCUUAUUCAUCCUUGCCCUUUGAUGCCCUUUAGUCUAAGCAACAUGUUUUUUUAAUGUCUCUGCGGUUGUGAUCCCACCUCACGUUCAUUGUGACCGCCAAAAACAUCAACAAUACGCGGUUCUUCAACCUCUGCGUCGUCUCCACCUCCACCGCUCAUGGAGGAUUUCGAAUUUCAAACCGCCACCCUUUUUCACUCGAUUCCCAAAUUCGUCGCUGGCGCUAUUUCUGGAACUCUUACAGGCCUCUUUGCUCUAGCUGGAGCUUUUACAGGAGCAAUUACAGGCGCUUUUGCUGGUAGGGCAUCUGAUUGUGGUGUGCUACGGGGAGCUGGACUCGGUGCCAUCGCCGGGGCUGUACUCUCUGUAGAGGUUUUGGAGGCUUCUCGUGCUUACUGGUGUUUAGAACGCUCUGGUUCUCGGGGCGAAUCAUCUAUGGCGGACUUUAUAGAGGAGCUUCUUCGCGGGAGGUUUGUCGAGGAACAGUUUACACCGGCAAUGUUAGCUGCUUACCACUGGCAGGUUAGUAUUGCUAGCAUGAGUUAUGAUGUAAGUGAUGCUUAUGGCAAAGCUGUAUCCAAGGGAUUGUCAGGAGAGUCAUUGAAGAAAUUACCUUGGCAUGUAGUCAUGGAUGAAAUCAAGGCAACACCAAAUCUCUGCUGCUCUAUAUGCUUGCAGGAUAUUGUAAAAGGGGAAGUUGCAAGGAGCUUGCCCCAUUGCCAGCACACAUUUCACUUGGCAUGUGUGGACAAGUGGCUCAUCCUACAUGGUUCAUGCCCUGUGUGCAGAAGUGAUGUGUAGGCUUAUGUAGGUUGUUGUUUGUACAGAAAAGAUAUUGAGGUUAAAUAGUUAGCUCAUGUACAUGCAUUUGUGCUGAUGAAAAAUAUGGCGCUUUUAAAGUUAAUUGUUAUGUCCUUGAAGGCAGCUUUUUAUUAGGUGAGAAUGUUAGUGUCAUAGCCAACCAAAGAUCAUUGCAGUUGAAGAACUACUACCUUUUUUCAUAUAUAUAGCUGUACUGUGUCAAGA